CGGUUAUCUUUUUUUUUCCCUGGUUUUCCUAUUUUCCUUGUCUUUCAAUUUUUAUUAUAUUAUCUUUCGCCCCCUUGUCACUGAACUGCGCCAGACGCCAUUCCAAUCAAGCCAAUCAUUGACUCCUUCUCAAUAUGAUUACACCUGUGUCACGAAAGAGUAAACAACGCACUGCACGUCAAAACUCCAAUGUGUUUGCCAUGUUUGAUAAGCAACAGAUCAUGGAAUUCAAAGAAGCAUUCAAUAUCAUGGAUACCAAUGAGGACGGAAUUGUGGAUGCAAAGGAUUUGGAAGUCACCUUUCAACGACUAGGUCAACCUGCUACCGCGGAGCAAAUUGAAAAAAUGAUGAAUGAAGCGCCGGGAUCCAUCAAUUUCACGGUGUUCCUAACAUUGAUGGCGGAUAAACUAACCGGCACGGACCCGGAACAGGUCAUCAUGAAUGCAUUUGCUGCAUUUGACGAAGAUGGUAAAGGUUCGAUCAACGCAGACUAUCUUAGAGAAUGCAUGACCACCAUGGGUGAUCAUUUUACGGACGAAGAGGUUGAUAUCAUGUUCAAGGGUUCCGCUGUCGAUGAGAAUGGUAACUUCAACUACAGAGAUUUUGUCCGUGUUCUCAAACAUGGAGAAUAACUGGCACAAAGCGAAUUCUCGGCUCUUUUCUUUUCUUGCUUGCAUAACGUUCCGUGGUCGAUUGAUUCCCUUUCUAUCUUUUCGUUUCCAAAAUGUAAAUACUCCAAUGGUAGCCCAUGUCACGCACAGACACACUCCUUUGUUUAUACAUCUCUCUAUUCACAGCAAACCCCAAAAAAUUCGCUUUGAUUUGAUGCGACAUAUUGCUGCAUUUCGCCAGUCAUUGUAUCAAUCUAACCCAGUAAUUCCAGUGCAUCCCGAUCACCCGAACCCGCAAAAAAUAAAAAUCGUAUCACGAGGUUUAAAUGAACUCCAG